UCUUUCAACCGUACUGUGCGAGACCGGAAGUGCUGAAGAUCUCCUGUCUGUCCGUUACUGCUGCUGGGUUUGGGGGACGUGAUCGGUGUCGUGACAGACUUUUUUAUUCUCCCUGUCGGGUUUUUUUGGAGACACUUUUAGUCUGAUCUUUGGCUCUGUGCGGACGGAAACCAUGAACAUUUUCCGACUCACCGGGGAUCUUUCGCAUCUGGCAGCUAUCAUCAUCCUGCUGCUGAAGAUAUGGAAAAGCAGAUCCUGUGCAGGUAUAUCUGGGAAAAGCCAAAUUCUGUUUGCGAUGGUUUUCACGACACGGUACUUGGACCUCCUGACCGCAUAUAUCUCUCUGUACAACACUUCGAUGAAGAUUAUCUACAUCGGAUGCUCGUAUGCCACAGUGUACCUGAUCUAUGCCAAGUUCAAAGCCACCUAUGAUGGCAAUCAUGACACUUUCAGGGUGGAGUUCCUGGUUGUACCUGUAGGUGGCCUCUCAUUUCUGGUCAACCACGACUUCUCACCUCUUGAGAUCCUGUGGACCUUCUCGAUCUACUUGGAGGCGGUAGCCAUCCUUCCUCAGCUCUUUAUGAUCAGUAAGACCGGGGAAGCCGAGACCAUCACCACGCACUAUCUGUUCUUCCUGGGCCUUUAUCGUGCCUUGUAUCUCAUCAACUGGGUCUGGCGCUUUUACUUCGAAGGCUUCUUCGACAUGAUCGCCAUCGUGGCAGGCGUCGUCCAGACCAUCCUUUAUUGUGAUUUCUUCUAUCUCUACGUAACGAAAGUGCUGAAAGGGAAGAAGCUGAGUUUGCCAGCUUAAGCGAGUCACGCGACCGAGUUUUAGCGGUCGGCGCGCCGAAACGCAGGACCCCGCCGACGCCACGUUCGUGUAAGACGCCCGAGGAGUAACAACAUCCGCCGGAUCCGUUAUUUACUUCAAACCCUGACCAGCUCUGGGACAGUUUCCGGAUUUAAACUGUGGUCUAUCGCACAAACUCCUCCAGUAUCCACGUUUUUAACAUGCGUCUUCUUACUAUUUUUUUAAAUUCAUUAUCAAAGAUCAAAAGCGAACCAUUUUCUAUAAAAUUUCACUUUAAUUCGGCCCGUGGCAUCAUAAAAGCCUGUUAAAUGCAUCGGAUUUGUCGGUGUCUAAUGGUCGAUGGGGAUUUUUCUUAUACAGGGUGUUGUGUGUAAAAUGUUUGAAAUUUGACUGAAUGUACCAUAUUUUCUAGAGUGUAAGACGCAAAUGUUGCUCUUCAAUUGGAGCAAAAAGCUUAAUAAGAAUUCACAGGAAAUAUUUAGGUUUGAUUGAGUACAAAAUAUAUAAAUUAUCUGUAAUAUCGUUGUCAUGGUGAUUCGAAAUCACCAAAAGAACAAAAAAAAAAACAAGACAAAGAACGCAGAUGCAGACUGAUGUGUACAAGACCUGGCAUGAGGAUAUCCAGUUAGGUCCUGCAUCAUCUCAGGAAGGAAAACGCAGAGCUACAGCGACACUAAUGGGAUCCAAACGAAAGCCUGUAAUACAGACGACUGUUUCAGAGGUGCUGCUAACAUUCUGCUGAGGAGAUCUUUAGUGUUUUGCGACUUAUUUUCUAGAAAAUAUGGUACAUUUAUUUAUUAUUAAAAACUGAUUUGGGUGGAUUAAUUUCUCUGUGGCAAAAAUGAUUUUUUUUUUUUUUUUACUUAAAAAGCACAUUAUUGUAUUUGUAAUGAAGGCUGAGUUCAGUAUUGAGGUUUGCCUCAUGGUCUGGUCAGCCUUCUUUCGCCGCCUCUUUUUUUUUUCUUUUACUUCUAUCUAUUUUAUAAUUAUUAAUAUAAAGGCACCUUGAUAUGUUUUCCUAUUAGAUUGACCAUUUGGGAAUAAUGUUUUUUUUUUUAAAGAGUAAACAGUUGAUAUUAAGCCCAUUAGUCCUACUUGCAUUAGCUUGCAGUAUUUGACACAUUUUUUUAAAUGUAGAUUUCUGGUUUUAUCAAUUGUUUUAUUUUCUUGAUUAUUACAUCGCAAGGUUAAUAUUUGCUUUAUUUUGUAUGACAGGAGGAAAAAAAAUGCGGGCUGACUUGCAUCUUAUUCCUAAAAAUCCUUAUUCCUAGGGGGUAUGAGAAUGUUUGGGGAAUACAAAAUGGUCUAAUUCGUGGAUUACUUUUAAAUGCAUUAAACAUUGAGUUAUUAUUAUUGUUAUUUGUAUUUUUUUGACAAACUUUGUCCAAGAUUCUGUAAAGAAUGAUUUGUAUAUUGAGCUUCUCUUAUCUAAUAAGUCUUAUUUGUAAUCUAAGAGGGAUAAGCAUUGUUGCAAAUUGGGUUAAAAGUUUACUGAAUGGUGUUUGUCUCUGUUUUUCUUGAUUUUAGAAGUGUUUUUUUUUUUUUUUUUAAUUACCCUUCACAUUACAUCCAUCUCAAAUAAAGCUCAUUUCAGAGACA